GUGGUGUGGUUAUCUGGUGCAACGCCUCCUAGAUUACCUGUGCCUGCCGGACUGCCGGCGGUCACUUGGGAAACGGCGGUCGUUGGAACUACGGUGAUGGCGUUACUCAAGUAGGGUUGUCUUCAAAUAAGUCUUUACGUUUUUGAGGCCUGUAUGCAACCAAAUUAACGAUAAAAAGUUUUGAAAAGGUGUAAACGUAAUUAUAAUUAACCCUACGUAAGUUACGGCGUCAUUUAGCAAGCAAUUUUUAUGAUACAACAAAUCCUCUAAAAUUAGUAGCAAACUCCAAAAUUGCCGAUCUCAAAGGCCGAGACAAAAAUUCUUACCCCUACGUAGGCAGCGCUGCCAUAAAUGACCGGUGUUUCGCGCUUACCCGGCAGGCACAAGAAAUCUAGGAGGCGUUGUCUGGUGUGACGCCACGCCAGCGAAAGCUGCCGACAGGCUGAGAGUGUUCUUUGGUGUUCUCUGGUUCUCUCCUGAAACGUGCUGAGGGGCGCUGUAAACGUUAGCAGUGGCCGUGGAUGCAGUCCGUGACGCUUUGGAGCCUUAUAUUGUUAAAAAUUCGUAAUGUCAGUUGUCGUUGAUGGUAGCGGUGAUGCCAGAAUGCAAGAAUAUUCCAAGCUGGCUGCCGACCUAGAACAGCAAGAGCUGGAGGCGACCAAUGGCAUUGCCAGUCCACAGGCUUACGGUCAGCUGCUAGCCAUCUACCUCCUACAAAAUGAUCUGCCGAAUGCCAAGUUCCUCUGGAAGAGGAUUCCUCAAGAAAUCAAGCAGUCUCACACAGAGCUGGGAAACAUCUGGAAAGUUGGCCAAGGUUUAUGGUUCAAAGAUUUUCCUGCAGUCUACAAUGUUUUAUCCCAAGAAUGGCCUGACCAUGUCAAACCUAUCAUGCAGGAACUUGGAG